AUGGGAGGAGAAGGCUCAGUUCCAGUCUGUAGAGUUGCUAGUAUUCAUGAAUUUAUGGAAGGAUGCGAGAGCCCUAUCCUCAGAAGCACAGCAGUCAAUCCAAAAUGCAGGGGCUCAAUUUCUGGACGUUUUCCUAUUCAACAGAAUUCACGUACUCCAGCUGAAGUUUUGGCAACAAGUGCCAGACUUCAUGGAAAGAGACCAUAUCUUGGUGAACGAAUAAUCGAUAUCAACGGUAAUUAUGGAAGUUACAAAUUUAUCAGUUUCUCUGAUGCUCUUAGUCAGACGCAAACCUUCGCUAAAGGACUAAGUACAAUAGGUGUUACAAAAGGUUCCUACGUCGGUCUGUUUUCAGAUAACUGUGCCCUUUGGCAAAUCUCAUUUUUUGCUAUUAACAUGCUCCAAGCCAUUUCGAUCCUAGUUUCGGAUUCCCUUGCUUUAGAAAGAACGUUUUCUAUCUUUAAUGAAACGAAAUGUUCGAUCAUGAUCGUAAGCAAAGAUAAGUUUGAGACUCUCAUGAAAUAUCUUCCAAAUAUGCCUCAUGUCAAGAAAGUUAUUAUUCUUAAUAGCGAGAUUCCUCUUGAAAAUCCUCAUCCUGAGGUUAAUUUCUAUUCAUAUAACUCGCUCUCCAAGUCCGCUGCGACCGUUGAGUACAAAUUUGGUCAGCAGAAUCCAGAUGACGACGCAGUGAUCAUUUUUACAACAGGAACGACCGAUAAACCAAAAGGUUGUAUUUUAUCCAACUCGAAUUUGAUUGCAGGAGCUUCAGGAUUCUCAGAUCUUGCAUAUUCCAUUGGAUAUGGCGAUUAUUACAUCUCUUAUAUGCCUCUAACCCACAUUUAUUCCCUUAAUGUUGAACUUUGCAUGCUUGCACAAGGAGCAGCCAUCGGUUACUAUACAGGAUCGACCAAGAACCUGUUAGAAGACAUCAAAGUUCUCAGACCAACCAUUAUUUGUGGUUAUCCCCGCUUAUGGAACAAGAUAUGCAAUUCUAUUAAGGAAUACAUUGAUAACUGCAGCUUUUUGGAGAAGUAUUUAUACAAACUUACCAUUUCUCAUAAGCAUCGUGCAUUUAAUAACAAUCCAAACCCUUCUAUUUUAUUAGAUAAUCUUAUUCUUCCGAAAGUCAACAGUUUCCUCGGAUCUCGCGUCAGAUUGAUUGUUAGUGGCGGUGCACCGCUUAAACCAGAUGUUUACGACUACUUAAGAGCAGUUAUUACUCCAAAUAUUGUUCAAGGCUACGGAAUGACCGAAUCGAGUGGCUGCAUCUCAGUACAAGACCCAAGGAUGGCAAGCAACAUCGGAUCAGGCAUCAUUUCCCCAUGUUGCGAAGUGAAAUUAAGAUCUGUCCCAGGAAUGAUGUAUAAUCCACAGGGAAAGCCACGAACAGGCGAGAUACUUGUCAGAGGACCAAAUGUCUUCAAAGGAUACUUCAACGACGAGAAAAGCACGAAAGAAGUUUUAUUAGAAGGCGGAUGGCUUUGUACGAGUGAUAUCGGAUUGAUUACUGAGUCUGGAGAGAUACAAAUCAUCGACAGAAUCUCCAAUUUCAUCAAACUCAGUUCCGGUAGAUAUAUCUCAAUUCAAACAAUGACUUCUAUCAUGGAAUCCGUGGAAGGAGUCAAAGGAGCAUAUGUAUACGCUGAUUCCCAUAGCGAUAAGCCGAUCGCUGUCAUUUCUCCAUCGAAAUUGUACGCAACUCUUUGGAAAGGAAAAGGAAUCAAAGAUUUAUCGAGAUGUGAAGAAGCAUGUGAUGAAAUGAAGAAUAGAAUCAAUAAAAGAAUGGAACAACUUCAUUGUUCGAAAUGUAACUUACUUUCGAAAGUUAUCAUCAUUGAAGACGAAAUUUCCCACAAAUUCGAUCCAAAUAAUCCUUGCCAGCUUCAAUACAAUGAUAUAAGAAAGCUUUAUCAAGAUAGAAUUCUUGAAUGCUUGUAA